GAACACGUCACGGCCCGGGUUUCCGUGUCUGCGAUCGCAGGGAACACCCUCGGACAAGUUGCAGUCGUUUAGGUGGGUCGGACGCCCCCUCCUCCUUUCGGUGUGUUUUCGGGGUACCGAGGAGGAAACUUUAACGUACGGCAUAAAUAAAGCCUGGGGAGCUGCAGACGUCUACAGCAGCUCCAGGGGCGCAAGCGCCUGCCAUGAUAUCGGCUGCCCCACUUUACAGUGGUGUGCACAACUGGACCAGUGCAGAUCACGUGCGCAUGUGUGGCAUCAACGAGGACAGGAGAACACCACUGUCUGAUGAGGAGUCCAAAGCCAGCAGCUCCCAGCACCUGGGGUCUGAAGAUCGUUGUGUAAGCAGUGUUCUUUCCAAGGUGGGCAAGGUGGAUUUCAUACCAGCAACUAACCAAAGUGAUGCCCUGAUGCUGCGGGAAGAUGGAGGAGCAGAGGUGGAAGCCGUACAGAAGCUAGAGGAAAAGCCACCAGAUCCCACCAUAUUUGUUUCUGAUUCAGUUGAUACCCCUGCGGUGACUCCUGAAAACUGUAUUGGUAUUUCAGUACCGGAAAAAAAGCAACUAGCCAACAUGUUGGAUAUCUCCGUUCAAGGGGCUUCAAAUGCAGAUAGUAAAAUAAUGGAAUCUGCAAGGACUCCUGCUCCAGAAAAAGCAGCUGAGGCUGACCCUACUUUUCAACCAGCCGAUGGGGAUCACUCAGUGAAGCAAAGGACUGUUCUGACUGCUGAUCUACAAAUAGCAGGUCAGCCAGUGGAGGCGUCGCGUACCGUUGUGACCUCCAGUUUUGGCACUCUGACUCCUUUUACAAUGAGCGGAAUAUGCUUCUCCGCCACUCAGGUCCCCAGUGUUCAAAAACUUCCUCUGUCUUUUCCACCUGGAGCGGUCUUGACACCGACACAGCCUCUGGUUUAUAUCCCACCCCCUAACUGUGGGCAGUCCCUCAGCGUAACUACAUUACCAACUACAUUUGGGGUGACAUCCACACUGACUCUCCCUAUGUUGCAAUCCUGUUUGCAGGAUAGAUGUCUGCCUAGCAUCAUAACACCCACAGAACUACAUUCACAAGCGUUUGCAUCUUCUGUAGCAAGACCCAUUGCAGUAGAUUCCAAAUCUACAGAGUUGACAAAACCAACCAGCACAACUUCUUCCACUCCUCCCACCAACAAUAGCAUCACAACAUCUGUAGAUGUUACAGCGAUUUCCUCCAAUGCUUCAUCCUCGGUUCUUUCUUCACAUCCAACUCUCCCGGUAGUCAUUAACCCUGUUACCCUUGCUUCCUAUACCAGGACAUCCUCUAACCUAGAAUCACAAAGCGAUGCUGCAUCUUCAUCAAUUUCUCCACUAAAGUCACCUCCACAACUUGAGAGGGAGAUAGUCUCCCCGCAGGACUCUUGUGAUAUGCCUCUUGAUCUAUCCUCUAAAUCCCACCGUCAAAAACACACCCCACCAAACCAGCGCAAAACUCCACCUAUGCCAGUGUUGACCCCGGUCCACACCAGUGGGAAAGCCUCUUUGUCUACUGUACUGUCCAGGUCUGAUUGUAGUUCUCAACGUUCUAUCCAAAACAGUUUCACCAGCAGCAGUGUUACCCAGAACAUUCGAGCAGUACCCCCGUUAGUAAUGUUUCCAGAGUUCCUCCGUAACGGAGAUCCAGGGUCAGCUCAGUUACUGGGUGCACCAGGAUCUUGGAUCAAAAAUUCAGCUGCUUUCAUUAGCACUAUCCCUGGUACUUAUGUUGGAGUGGCCAACCCAGUGCCUGCUUCUAUGUUGCUAAACAAAGACUCAAAUAUGAGCCUUAGCAAAGACUCCCGACAUCUGGCAAAACAGGAGCCAAUCUCAAUCAUUGACCAGGGAGAUCCAAAGAACUCAGGAUCAUGUAGCAAGAAAGGAACCCAGACUAGUGUGGAUGUGCAGCAGCCUACAGCUAACAGGUACCUUCAGGGUCAUGUUACUUCAGUGACCUCUUUAUGUCCUCCAAAGGACUGGUCUUUACGUGGUCAUGGGAGUGUACACCCAAAGUGUCCCUUAAAUGGGAAGCCCAGCAAUGCUCAGGUUCUGCCGGUCAGUUGGUCUCCAUACCAACAGGCCUCCCUGCUUUCCAUUGGUAUAUCAGCCACAGGAACACUUCAUUCCAACCAGGCUCCUCCUCAUAGACUUCCUAUUGGGGAAUACACUUUGUUCCCAAACAUACUUCCAGCUGAGCCCACUGCUACGCCUCAAAAGACUGUUGGUGAAACUCCAGAUGCUCAGCAGAAAAAUACUGUAGCAUCAGUUCCUGAGCACGAUUUGGUAGCUAAGGGAAGGACAUGUGAGACUGUAUCCAAGUCACGUAAAUCUAAUGCAAAUAAAGCAUUGCUUGCACCCAAACCUGCUGCAGGAAACUCUGUCUUAUAUAUUCAACCUGCAGAGCCAGCAGAAAGUGGAAAAGACAGCAUAAAAGGGGCGAAUGCAACUCUAAAGUCCCCAGACAAAGCUAACUGCAAGGAAGAAAAAAUACACCCUAAGUUUCCUUGCCCCCGGAAGUCAUUUGGUGACUCCAAACCUAAAAACAAAGUGUUGGCCACGUACAUGACAAAUGAACAGCCUUUAGUCAGUCAACAAAAAGAUUGCCUUUCUUUGUUGGAUCAGAACUGUAGUAAGAAUGGUUCAAGGCUAGAUGUGCCUCAAGAUACUUCUGCAUGUAGUAAAAAGAGCCGCAAGAAAGGACAGAAUGUAGACUCUCAACACUGUGUGCAAGAGGUAGACUUGAGUAAGGUCAAAAUUGAAAGGGUUGAUGAUGAUGAGAACUUUGGAUGUAUUUCUUCUUAUGAAAAUCCACCAUGGUCACCUGUCGACUUACCCGCAAUUUCCAAAGUCAAGACUAGAAUUAAGAAAGAGCCAGGUCUAAGAUGCCGUUCCAAGCGACUGGAAGAGGUUUCAACAAUCACACCGUUGCCUCAGAGGUCUAAAUCUAGAACGAAGCAAAGGGAUGAAGAUGUUACUAAGGCAUCCCAAGAACCUAACAGAAGAAAGUGGAGAAGACAAGCAAAAAUCACAGAAGCCGUACCUGAGAAGAAAGUAGGCAAGAUCACGGCAACUGAAAAGGAGAGCAAUCGCAUACGGCCAAAGCGAAAGAGGAGAAAAUCUAUAAAGCACGAACCCUUCGACCCGGAAUUUGACAGAGAUAUACCAGAGAAGAAACCCAAGAACAGUUUCAGAGAUUUCAUCCCGGUUGUCUUAAAAAGCAGAACCCGCAGCCAGAAAGGAAAUGUUGGUUCUUCGGACAACAUGGCUGCCUGCCCAGGGGUCUUUUCAGAAGAGGAGGAAAUGGAAGUGCCUUGUAAGAGACGGAAACCAAGGAAUAUUUAUAAAGACUGCCCAUACCGCAAAUAUACCUUGCCCAAAGAAGAACCACAGUCGAUGCCCAUCACUCCUGUCUUACGAGGGUCGUGGGAAUUGUCCAACAGAGUGAAGGACACAGGGAAGCCAUGGGCCCCGUUAGCAGUGGAGGAUGAGAAAAAUGAAGAUGGUUCUUUGGUAAGGAGGAAAAGGAGGCGACAGAAAAAUAGAAAAUACCAGAACGGCGAGUACCUGACGGAGAAAGAAGAGGAAGAGGUAUCUCAAUGUUACCGAAGAAGAAAAGCCAGAUCAGAUUUUCGGAAAAGAAAAUCCUCUCUGUCAGACAGAGAUAUCGAUCUUAAAAACAAGCUCCCUCCAUCUUCCCGGGAAUCCCAGAAACAAGGUGAAUCCAGAAACGGCCUUAACAAAAGCAGCCCAGAUGAGUCGCCUACGUCGAUGACCCAAGAUAAACCCUCGGGGAAACGCAAAUGCAAAACAAAGCAUAUCGGAGGAAGCACAGAUGAAGACGCAAAGGGCAAGGUCCGACGGACAAGUCAGUCCCCCAAGAGCAGUCCGGUCAAAUCCCCGUCUUCCAGGAAGUGUGCUGAUCCAGUCACCCCGCAGCGAUCUCGGCGUACAAGCACUCUUGGUUCCUCUGACACUCCGUCUGCUCAGCACAUCCCUCCUGAGGCCAGGAGACUAAUUGUGAACAAAAAUGCCGGAGAGACUCUGCUGCAGCGAGCCGCUCGGCUAGGAUACAAAGAUGUCGUCCUCUACUGUCUUCAGCGAGACUUGGGAGACAUCAACCACCGGGACAACGCUGGUUACACCGCACUACAUGAAGCCUGUGCACGUGGCUGGACGGAGAUACUACAGAUCCUUCUGGAUAACGGAGCCAACGUGAACUGCAGCGCGCAGGAUGGCACAAGACCCAUCCAUGAUGCAGUGGUGAAUGAUAACCUGGAGACCGUAUGGCUUCUGCUGUCCUAUGGCGCUGAUCCAACACUAGCCACCUACUCUGGACAAACGCCCAUGAAGCUGGCCAGCAGUGAGGUCAUGAGGACAUAUCUGAGUGAUUACCUCUCUGAUCUCCGGGGUCGUUCUGACGGAGAUCCACGCGCAGCUUGGGACUUCUACAGUAGUAGCAUUUUGGGUGGCAAAGAUGAAAUUGGCCAUGAUGUCCUUCUGGACUCUUCAGAGAAAAAUGAAGAGGAGGAGGGAGACAAAGAUCUGGAGGACAACUUCAUGUUUGAAUUCUCUGAUAAGCCACUCAUUUCCUGCUAUAACUUGCACGUCUCUCUCACUAGCGGGCCCGGUAAUUGGUUCCUUUUCUCUGAAGUCUUGAAGAAGCUCAAACUUUCCUCCAGAAUAUUUCAGGCUCGCUAUCCAAAAUUUGAAAUCGCUAGCAUGCAGAAGAAAGAGUUCACCAGGCAGGUGUGCACGAGUCAAAUUCUGACCGCCUCCGAAGGCAUGGACCUAUGGCCGCAGGACGUCGGGGAAAUGGUGGAGCUGGUGCGAUAUGAGCCGGAGCUGCUUCAACUGUUGGGAUCCUCGGUGGAAUUUCAGUGUGUCAACAGCUGACAAGCGACAACAACGUGUGAAGGACCCUUAAGCUGCAUCUGAGGCAAUAAAACCAGACAAAGAGGUGGCAGCCUUAACAAUGCCAGCAUUUCUGAAUGGGUGUCUUAGUUCGAUCUUUUGUUUUUCCCUCCCAUCUGCCAUUGGUACAUGUCAGCUGUUGAUUUCUCUGGGGUUGGACAACGUUGGUGGACCUGGUGGAGUUUUUUUUUAUGUUUAUCUAUUGGAGCAAUGAUGUUCCUUUACCUGGCUGCUGAAGACAAAGUAUUUAAAUGGGAAUUGUAACUUUAGGCAUGUGGCGGAGAAAAUCACAGUACAUCAUCUUCCUAAACCCAUUUACCACAUACAACUUCUCCCUAUUUACUCAUAUAAUUUGUGUUGAGUGUGUGUGUCUUUGUGACUCCCUUCGUUCAGUCAUCACAUGUUGUAAAUGUAUGUGUCUUGUCUGUACAUUAUGUGCAAAUGAAAUACCAGUUCUCCCCGAAGACAUUCUGGAUCAACUCGACCCACUCAACAUUCAGAGCAGGAUAGACAAUCAUGGAUCUUUGUCUGAAGAAACUUGAGAAUUAUAAGCUAACCACAACCAAGGAGGUCACAAAGGUUUACAAGCUCUUUCUUGUCCAUCUCGCAGACAGAAACUAUUGGAGGAAUUUGGGAAUGGAGGGACGAUAACUGCAGCUCAGUUACGAUUGUGCUGGCAGCAAAAACAAGACACAAGCCGCGCAGCUUCAAGUUUCGCAGUCUUUGACUUAAAAAGUGACUCUUCUGAUGAAAACCCUGCGCAUUUCGGUGUGCCCUUCUACUGAAUGAUGAUAUGGCGAGGCUGUUUGCUUGGACUUCCAAGGACACAAUGAUAGCCUGAGCUAGUAAGAAAAAAAAAAACCAGGUUGCAGACUAUUAAAAUACAUGCGCAGCGUUGAUCGCACAAAAAAUGAAAUGUUCAGGCAUUGCUGCCGCCACUAGAUAUGCUUCAGCUCUGCUUGUUAUGGUGGACACUGCAAAUCAUUAAGCAGCAUGGCCAGAGUGGGGAGAAGGAAUACGUGUGAAUGAGCUCAGGGUUCUUCUUCCCACCUAAUCCAAUGCUUCUUACUUUUUAUAGUAAAGUGCUAAAUUUUAAAGCAAUUUUGAGUGAAAGGAGAGUGUGAAACUGUCCAAUUCCACUAAGGAAAUUAAAUAGAUAAAAAAAAACAGCCCACAAAUGCCCUCUCUGCAGGGCAAAGCCGUGCAUUGUUCCAGAUGAAAUACACGGCACUUUAUCUUCUUUUGAACUGAAUUUUCUUCUUUUCUUUUUAUUGUAAAUGGUACAGUUUUAUUGUACGGGUGCUAAAAAUACAACAAAAAAUAUUCA